UCAUCUUCCUUUCCUUCUUUCUUUUUUUUUUCCCUUUUUUUUUUUCUUCUAAAAUUUUUCUCUCUCAUAUUCCUUUCUCCCAAACAGGUUUAUAAAAAAAUUAUUCUUUUUUUAAAUAAAAAUAAAAAGAUAUAAAAACGACCUUUUUCUUCCUUCUUCAACGGCCUCGUUCCUCUUCUCUCUAACAAAAGAAAGGGAUUCUAGGGUUUUCUCCGAGGUUCUUCUCAGAGAGAGCUUUGAUAAGGUUUGGAGUAAUGAGUUUGCAGCAUUGUUGAUAAUUUGUUUGGAAACAAGUGAGAUGGGUUCGUGUGGGAAUAUGACUUUUGUAAACGAACCUUCGCGUGAAGUUGCUGCUGCUGCUGCUGCCGAGCAACAUUUGUGCUCUGAGUCAAUGGGGAAACUUGUCUCUGAGCAACGGGAUUGCGUUGUGAUUGAUUCUAAUGGGGAUUGUGCUAGUGAACCGGGUGAAGAUGAAAACAGUGUUUGCAAAAGGUCUGGGGAUAUUGAUUGCAAAGUUGGAAUAAAGGGUGAGGCCCAAAUUGUUGGUUCUGGUACGAAGGGCUUGAUGGGUGGUGAAUGUUGUGAAAACUCAGUUUGUUUGAAGAAAAAUGGUGGUGAAAUUGCUGAUGCUUCUUGUUCAAAAGCAUUGGUGGGUGAUAUGUGCGGUGAUAGUGUGGUUUGUUUGGAAAAUAAUCAGGGUGAACUUAUGGGUGAUUCUGGUUUGAAGGAAUUGAUGGGCAAUGCGAAUGAUGAUACUGUGGUUUGUUUGAAAGAUCAGGGUGAAAGUAUGAAUGAUUCUGAUUCAAAGGAAUUGACAGAUGAUAGGUGCAGGGAUUGUAUAGUUUACUCAAUUGAAAAUCAAGGUGAAAAAGUGGAUGGUUCUUUUCCACUUGACUUGAGGAGUGAUACAUAUCGUGAUAGUACAGUUUGCUCCAUUGGAAAUCAGGGUGAGAAUGUAGAUAGUGCUGGCUCGAAGGAAUUGAUGGGUGAUAUAUGCGGUGAUGCUAUAGUUUGUUUAAAUGGUAAUCAAGGUGAAAAUCCAGAUUGCUCUGGGCCAGAGGAAUUAAUGGGUUAUGUUGAUAAUACAGGUUAUUCAAAUGAAAUUCAGUGUGAAAAUGUAGAUUCUUGUUUGAAUGAACUGAAGGGUGAUAGGAUCGGUGAUCAUGGGGUUGGUUUGAAUGAAAAUCAGGAUGAUGUUGACAUUCAUGAUUCAGUUACUGAUGUGUGCUUGGAAAAAAGUGGAUCUUCUGGAGAGGAUGGUACAAAUGCUACUAAAGGAUCACUAGGCUUGUCUCAGGACAAAAACAGUGCAUCUUUGAGCAGUGGCAUGGAGAUUUCUACUAACUGUGAAGAUCAGAUGAAGGGUGACAAUGAAAAUGUGGUUGGUUUGAUGUUAAAAGAAUGUAUGGGCAAUAACCAAGGUAGGAUUUGUUUGACUGAGAAUAUGGGUAUAGAUGGUCAUCUCGACUCAGAAAAUAAUGUUUCACGGGAUGGGGAAAUGCCAAUAGAACUGAACACAAUUUCUACUUCACCUAGAAGUUCUGUUAAACUGGAUAAGCAGGAUGACGAUGAGAGGGUCAAUGGUUCCAUUCUUCAAAGGAUUGUGGAAUAUGGGGAAAAGAAGUUUGAAGAGAAAAAUGAUGCAGUAGAGAGGAAAGGGACUGACGUUCUGAACCAAAUAUUGCUUUCAGAGAACUUUAAAUGGCCCUUUGAGUUAAUAGACGCAACUGGUGAACACAAGAGUAAGGAUGGUACGAGUACCUAUUGUUCCUCUUCAGAAGUAGCUAUGAAAGAAAAACGAGAGGUUUUAACUGAGGUUGAGGCUAAUAUUUGCAACCAAAUGUCAUUUAUUCAGGGUAGUCACUUGGCUUCAACAUUAAUAGGCAUUGGUGAUUGCAGGAGUGAUUGUCCCCGACAAAUUGACCUGAAGGAUGGUAAGGCUAUUGUGGGUCCUUCUCUAGAUGGGGAAAGUGGUGCUUCACCCAUGAUAGAAUCUGAAACGUGCGGCAAGAUAUCUACUUCAUGUUGUGUUGAGACAAUUUCCAACUUACAACAAACAGGUGAUUCAGUGGGUAGUUGUGACGGGCAUAACCAGAAAGAUGAUCCCAGUAGCAGUGGUCUCUCAUUGGAAAGUUUUACUAAACCUGUGGAAACUAAAAGUAAUGAUGAUUUAUGCAUUGAGUUGCUAGCUUCAAGGAGAUUAUCUGACACACGGAAGAAUGCACAAACUGUUGGUAAUGAUAUUAGUGACUCAUCAGGAGAUGGUGUUACAGAGGUUUCUGAGGGGAGGACUGAUUUUCUUGCAUAUACAAAGGCUGAGACUUCCUGUGAAAUAAUAAUAAAUGCCAAAGGAAAGGCCUGCAACUCGAACAGGGAUUCUUUUGAGCAAGGUGCAAACUGUCUUUGUGAUAAAUCAACUUCUUUGUCAUGUCAGCCUGUUGAUGUUGUUGACAAUGGUUUGUCUGGUAGGCUGGAUCCACAAGAUCUUUUGGCAAAGGAUGUGUGUGCUGCAAUUAGUUCUAGCAGUUCAAUUGACUGUUCUGGAAAAAGAGAAAAUGAAGGGAAGGAUAUCGUCAAGGCUGAUUGUGUUUUAGAAACUAAAAAUUGUCCAACCACAUCUUCCUCUUCUCGAAAGGGCAGACAGAAAAGUAAAUCAAGCCGAAAGACUCCUGCCAAAAGGGGUACUAGGAACUGCAGUAGCACGAAGCUGCGUCGCCCACACGGAAGUAUUGAAUUCCUUUUCAAAGCUACAAGAAGGAAGAGAAGCUGUUCAUCAAAACCAGCUCGUUCUUCCAUUUGGGGAUUGCUCAGUAACAUUGCCAAAUUUAUUGAGCCAUGUCCUGAUCCUUCAUGUAAUGGAGUGCAGAAUCGAAAACCUUCUAAAGCUAGGGGUGGCCGAGGAAGUGGGAAACGAAGCAAAAACCGAGCUGGUCAAAACAGAAAAGAAUCAAGUGGGCUAAGUAGCACUUUAACCAGUUGCCUGCGUCUGAAGAUUAAAGUGGGCAAGGAAGUUGCUCCAAGUAAUGUGAAUACUUUGGUUGCAGAAGUGGUUGAUCCAUCAGUUCUUAUUGGUACUUCCUUUAGUAAUUAUGGGAAGGAAACCAAUUUACAAUAUCCAACAGUAGCAAAUAUUGUUGAAGAUAAAGUAGAAGCGGGUAGUGAAAUGCAGUUUCAGUCCAAGGAGGAUCAAGAAAUGGUGAAAACAUGCUCUGAUGUUUUUCUUACGGAAGUAAAACUAGCAAAUAAGGCUGUCAGGUGUUCUGAAAAUCUUGAGAGGAUGUCUGAAGAUGCUACAGAUAGUUCCCUUAUAAGUCAGUCUGAUGCAGUUGCUGAAGCAUCUCAAGAAGCAAUAGAGAACAAGUGUAUGGACCCUGGAACUUCACCAGAUUCAGAAGUAAUCAAUACAAUUCCUGAUGCACAAAUUGGGUUAACACACCAAGAAGAGUCGCUUGAUACUGUUUUGGAUAUUUCUGGGGCUUUAGCUUCUCCUAGAGGUGCUAAGACUAGCAAGGGUAGCAAUAGGGGAAAGAAGGAUAAUCAUAGAUCUCCUGGUGCAGCCAGCACUAGGAAAGCUAAAUCAUCUAAGAGUCGCCGAAGUAGAGAAAAAACAACAGGUAAUGGACUUGUCUCCAGCGAGGCUCUUACUUCAUCCUCUGCUGCAAAUUCUUCAAGAGAGAAUUGGAUUGGAGUCCCCAAAGAGGCAACAGAAAUGGAAAAUAGUAUGGAUAUUAACGAUUGUUGCAGUCCUGAUGUUCCAGAUACAAAGAACACUAAGCAUUUCUCUUCCUCUAAGAGCAAGCGUAAUCAACUUUCGAAAAGUUCAAGAUCUCAGGGAGCGAACAAGGGAAAGUCCAGAGUCUCUGAUUCUGUCAAGAGCAGGAAAGGAAAUGGUUCUAAGCGGAGGGGAGAUGAGUCGAAGUCAGUAAGUAAGAGCAAAGUAAAGGAGAAAUGCUCUGAUGAGGAGAUUGUAGCCAGAGGAGGAAAGAGCCCAGUAACAGUUGGUGCUGCAGGAAAUCAGAUUUCAGAUGAUAAUGAGCACUUAAAUACUGGAAACAGUAUUGAAUCUGCAAACAUGGUUAAUGUUGACUUGGUACCAGAUGGUGUCAUGGAGCAGCAUACACAGCCUGAUAAUGCUUGGGUGCGUUGCGAUGAUUGUCAUAAAUGGCGGCGAAUACCAGUUUCACUUGUAAAGUCAAUUGAUGAGGCAUACCAUUGGGUCUGUGGGGACAACGUGGAUAAAGCAUUUGCUGAUUGUUCAAUCCCACAAGAGAAGUCCAAUGCAGAUAUUAAUGCUGAGUUGGGCAUAUCUGAUGCUGAGGAAGAUGGUUGUGAUGGUUUCAAUUAUAAGGAAUUGGACAAGGGAUUUGAAACUAAACGUAUGACAGUGUCGCCACCUUCACAUUUUUGGCGUAUUGAUAGUAACCAAUUUUUGCACCGUGGCCGGAAAACUCAAACCAUUGAUGAGAUAAUGGUUUGCCAGUGCAAACGACCUCCAGACGGUAAGCUUGGUUGUGGGGAUGAAUGCCUAAAUCGGAUGUUGAAUAUUGAAUGUGUUCAAGGAACUUGUCCUUGCAGGGACCUCUGUUCAAACCAGCAGUUCCAGAAUCGCAAAUAUGCGAUGAUGAAGUGGGACAGAUUUGGUAAGAAAGGUUUUGGGCUGAGGAUGCUAGAGAAUAUAUCUGCUGGUCAUUUCCUUAUUGAAUACGUUGGAGAGGUGCUUGAUAUGCAAGCUUAUGAGGCUCGGCAAAAGGAGUAUGCUUCUAGGGGUCAGAGGCAUUUCUAUUUCAUGACAUUGAAUGGCAGUGAGGUAAUAGAUGCAUAUGUAAAAGGAAAUCUGGGGCGCUUCAUUAACCAUAGCUGUGAUCCCAAUUGUCGUACUGAAAAGUGGAUGGUAAAUGGUGAAAUUUGUAUUGGACUGUUUGCAUUGAGAGAUAUAAAAAAGGGUGAAGAGGUUACAUUUGACUACAACUAUGUGAGGGUAUUUGGAGCUGCUGCAAAAAAAUGUCACUGUGGUUCACCUCAUUGUCGGGGUUAUAUAGGUGGUGAUCCACUUAGUGCUGAAGUCAUUGUUCAUGAUGAUUCAGAUGAAGAAUCUCCUGAACCGACGAUGCUUGAAGAUGGUGAAACCUGGACUGGUUUUAAAUAUGUUAUAUCUAGAUCAAGUUCCUCUGAUGGUGCAGCAAUGCAAUCUGUGGAGAGUGUAAUAACUGAUGGUGUACUGAAGCCUGAGAAUAUGCCAGAAGCUGAGGACUCUGUGAACCGUUCUGCUUCUGCCACAUCAGAAUUGAAGACGGUUGAAACUGAAGGUUUGAAGGGAAAUCUCCAAUUAGCCAUUCAGCCAGAAGAAGCUUUGCCUGUGACAAUUGCCAGUGAAUCUGUUCAGCCAGAUGGUACUGAGGAACAGAAGGCUAUGAACAAAACCUCAUGUUCCAUUCAGAAAUUAGAUGCUUCUCAAGAUAUGUCAGAUAAUAGAUUAUCUUCUGAUGUUAUUGAUGCUAAUAAGAAGUCAAAGUCUGAUGCUGCAGAAGACAAACAGGUUUCUGCAAAAUCACGUCCCCUGAUGAAGACUUCUCGUUCAUCCAGUUCUAUUAAGAAGGGGAAGAUUAGUAGUAAUUCUCUGAGUGGAAAUAAGUUUCAGACAACAUCCAACAAGUUUCAAGUAUCAACUGUCAAGCCCAGAAAAUUCUCGGAAAAUUCUAGUACUUGCCGUUUUGAAGCAGUGGAGGAGAAACUUAAUGAGUUGCUGGAUUCUGAGGGGGGAAUAACAAAACGAAAGGAUGCUUCUAAAGGCUACUUGAAGCUUCUGCUUCUCACAGCUACUUCCGGUGAUAGUGGCAGUGGUGAAGCAAUUCAAAGCAAUCGAGAGCUUUCAAUGAUUCUUGAUGCACUUUUAAAAACAAAAUCCGGACAUGUGCUGACUGAUAUAAUUAACAAGAAUGGUUUGCAGAUGCUACACAACAUAAUGAAGAAAUACAGAAAGGACUUUAAAAAGAUACCUAUUCUUCGGAAGCUUCUAAAGGUUUUAGAGUAUUUGGCAGGCCGGGGAAUUCUUACACAGGAGCAUAUUAAUGGAGGUCCUCACUGUGCUGGAAGGGAGAGCUUUAGGGAGUCGAUUCUGUCAUUCACAGAGCAUGAUGACAAACAGGUCCAUCAAAUAGCCCGAAAUUUUCGAGAUAAGUGGAUUCGAAAACCUGUUAGAAAGCUUGGCUACAGGGACAAGGAUGAGGGCAGGAUGGAGUUUUUUAGGGGUUUGGACUGUAACAGGGUUUCAGCAUCUCACAAUCAUUGGCGUGACCAGGCCAUACGAUCUACUGAAGCAAUUAAUUGCAUCAUGCAAUCUGUGGUUGGAUCAACUUCAGCAGAUACUUCCACCCGAGAGGGUGGUUCCUCAUCAUCAGUUUGUGUUUCCCAAACCAACAGUACCAGAAUUCGCAAGCGGAAAAGCCGCUGGGAUCAGCCAGCGGAUACAGAUAAAAUUGAUUCUCAGUCACCAAAGAAACUUGAAUGUAGCUCGUUAUCUGCUUUAGGUCAAGCAACACCAGAUCAGAUAGAGAAGAUGAACAGUGGGGAUAACAAAUGCCAAGACAGUUUUUCUAAAGGUGAAGCUAUUAACAUUGAGAAUGGAAACCAAAGCUUUCAGCAGGAUGCUCCACCAGGGUUCUCAUCUCCUCUCAAUGCAUCUUUGGUGUCAUCUACUUUAUCAUCAACUGCUACAGGUUUCCCUACACCUAAAGUUGGUCAGUUGAAGUGCCCUGAUGUGGUUAUUGCUCAUCCACAGAAGAGAUUCAUUUCACGUUUGCCCGUUUCAUACGGAAUCCCACUGCCCAUUUUGCAGCAGACCGGAUUACCAGAAGGUGAAAGUCUAGAAAGUUGGGCAAUAGCCCCUGGCAUUCCUUUCCACCCGUUUCCACCCUUACCUCCAUGUCCCCCCGAUAAGAAAGACACUCAACCAGUUUCUGCUGCUCUCUCCACCGGAAUUAAUACCGACUCAAAAGAAGGGCUACAGGAGAGCCGUCGACCUUCCACUAGUUGUCCUGAUGAGAGCGUUGCAAGCACAGCUGGUGGAAACCACCCAGAUUCAGACAUUCCAGGUACUGACAUCCAACAGACAUUGAAAAGAACGAGAGAAUCCUCAUAUGAUUUGGGUAGGAAGUACUUUAGACAACAGAAACGAAAAGGAUCGCCAUGGGAUAAAUCUGAAAGCUUGGGAAACAACCAUACAGGCGAGAUGUGCUGCAUAGAUGUAGGAAAUAUAAACAAUGAGCCCCGGAAUUCAUAUUACUCGGAUGAUAUAAACCGGUAGAACUGGAAAGGUCCCAAAGAUCUUUUUAUCUGGAAUCAGUGCCCAUCCAAAUCAACAUUAUUGAUUUAUAGAAAAAUUUUCUGAGAACUGGAUUUUCUUUCAUUUCAUACAUUUGAUGUAUUUUCCCUCAAUUCUUUGUUUCCUGGGUUUAAGUUCCAGUGGAAAUGUGUAACAUUAUUCGAUUACCAACUUGUGAAGGUAAUUAAUCUCAGGUUCUUUGUGAUUAA